AGAAACAACAGAGCUAAAAUACGAAUCGAAUGUCCCCUGAAAGACCCCGUUGUGACAAGACACCUAAGUGCAUGUGGGCGUGGCGUUCCUAUGAAACCAUCUGUGUUACUGUUAGUAGUUUGUAUUCAGCAGCUUUUAAGGUAGGCUUACAAUUAUUACUACUAAUUUGGAGUGGAAAAUUAUUGUUUAUAAAUGGUUAUAAAAAUUAUAGUUUAUUUAAAAUUAUUACUUUUAUGCGUAAUAAAAAUUGAUAUAAUUUACAUAUCUUUUAACUAAGCGUGAAAUUAUUAAAAUGAGAGGAGAAUUUCCCCGUGACCACGGAACUUAUUUCGACCUAAUUGACCUUCAUUUUCGAGCCAAUCAAAUCUUCAUACUGAUGCACGUGAUCAGUUCCUACUUUGUAGGUUGCGGACCUCGUUUUCGUUCUUUACAUUCUCUGCCACCAUUACAACGUGGUGUACGGCACAACUUGGCUCUGAAGCCGGUUAAUCUCUAUUUAUCGUUGAAGUUCCUAAACAUUUAAAGGUAACUAUUAUUUAAGUUAUUCAUUUCUUCAGAGAUAUCUCCUUACAUUGGCCAAAAUUAUAUGACCAUUUUUAUAACAAAAAUGGUAUUUUAUCCUCUGCUUUUUCUUCGAGUAGGUAUUCUAUAAAAUGACGGAAGUGCUCAAGAUCAUAUCGGUCAAACUGGAAUAAUGUUUUAAAUUGUAUGUUUAUAUGUUUUAAAAUCUCUUCAGAUAUGCAGGUCAACGAUGUAUAAGUAACCCCUUUGCUAAAACAGGAAACCUUAUGACUCUUAUCAAAAUAUUUUCCCAACCAUUAGUAGUUUUUUUUUCCGUCCGGGCCUAUUGUGUGUAACUUAACUUACUUAGGCCCAGGCAAGUCACAGUGGUUGUGCCAGUUUUUUUUAAUUUUUGUAAUAACCGAGUUCCCCAGUACCAAUAGAAACUAAUUUAUCAAAGGUAUUGACAAAUUUUGUUUUUGGGCUAGUUGUAAAUAUAUGUUGAUGUGAAAUUACUUGUGGUGGGUGGGGCAAAUAAAAAUUCUAGUCCCAAGUUGUGUUAUCCUACACUUUUUCAACCAGCAUUAUUUUGGAAACACAGUUGGCAAGUUGGACUCCCUGUUUUUGUUUUUUUUUUUCUUUAAAGAUAUUUUGACAGUUUGAACCACAUCUUUAAAAUAUUUUUUAUAGGUAUCUUAAAAUAUUUGAUUCUGAGAAGUUUUUCAAUUGCAAGGUACUUUAGAAAAUUCCCUUAGCUCAUCUUGUCAGCAAAAUGGUUGCUAUCAAAAUGAAUAAGUUUAAUCUUGCUCUGACCUCUGUCAAUGACAUCAGUUACUUUAGUUGUUUUAUUUUUACAUCUUAUUUUUCACUAUCAUAAACUGUUCCACAAGAAAUACUUAAGGAUUUUGGCAAGAAAUAUAAUAAUCAAUAAGAUAUAUCGUUUUUGUUGGACUACUCUGUGUAUAUACCUGGGUAAUCUUUAUUUCUCUAUUUUUUGGGCCUAUAAUUAAGCAUAUUCUUUGACUAUUCUACUCUUAAAAACUAGAUAAAGCUUAGUUUUAUUUUUAAUGUAGCACAGGGGUCACCUUAGAUUUGUAUUGUCAAGGGUAAAAGGGUUAAGACAUAGUCAUAGUUAUUAGUAGACCAGUACCAGUGCUUCUCAAUUUGGUGGUCCUUGGGCCAGCAGCAUUAGUCUUUUAAAACGAGUUGCUUUAGAGCGUAUGGCAAGUUAACAGAAGGAUCUGUAUGUGUCAUAGACUUUUAAAAAAAAAAUUUUUUUAAAUUGUUAGCCUAAUUUCUAAGGGUUAUUUUUUUUACUGAUAGACUAAAGCUCUUUAUCUUUUGAUACAUUGUCUCCACUAGUAUCUUUUGUAUUGGAAGUAGUAGAAGUAUAUUUGUCUCUCAAAAAUUUGAAGUCGAAUUUAAUACAUUUGGAUUCAUGGUCGCAUGUUUUCAUGUCAGACCCAUGGCCAUGGUAAUGUAGAUAAAAGUACGAAGAGCUUAAAACUAGGUACUUGGAUAAAAAACGUGUAAAAAUAAACCAAUGGCAUAGUUGAAUAGAGCUAUAAAAAAUUUUUUUACUGAACUAUAACAAACCAAAAUCAUUUUUAGCUCUUGUAGUUUUAAAGUUAGGAAUUUUUAAAAGUUUGGGGUAUAUUGGUAUUUUUUCCCCUAUUUUGUGACCCAGUUUUGGUAGUUUUUAAGAAUAAGCUACAACUCUUUAAAAACUUAAUGAAAAGUUAUAAAAUUUACAGAGAAGCUACAAUAUAUUUGUUAGAAAAAGAAAAAAAUUCAAGACAAAACUUCCACACUUUGCCACUUGUGACCCCAGUCCGCUGUUCGGCAUCGUGUAAAGUAUUUUUAUUUUAUGAAACUUUAAAAGUAAUUUUAAUAAUGUUACGCAGUUUUAAAUACAUUGUAACUUAUCUAACUAUGCACUAAGUGUAGCAGUAAAUUUAAUGUAAUCUAUAUUAGGGGUGUGCCGGAAUCUGGUUCGGAAUCCGGAUUUUGCACUAUCCGGUGAAAUCCGGUUCCGCCGGAUUUACAUGUAUCCGGAAUAUACCCGAUUUCGGAAUUUGCCAGAUUUUGUGACUCACCGGAUCAUAAUCUGAAAUAAAAGUAAUUCUCUUUCCCGAAUUCCACACGAUCACGAUACAUUAAUCGAUUGUUUCGAGCGUUGAGCUUGUUUAAUGUUUAAUAUUCCGUACAUACCAGAGGCUAGAGUCAGCACCGCUAAUAGUGGCCAAUAGUGUAGGGACUUUGAUAAGAAAAUUUAAACUUUUUGUAAAAAUAAACCAAUGGCAUAGUUGAAAAGAUGUAAUUUUUUAAAGAAUUAUAACACCAAAAUCAUAUUUUUAGCUGUUGUAGUUUUAAAGUUAUGAAUUUUUAAAGUACGACUUGGUUUGUCAUUUUUUAACAUGGACUGCAUCUCCACAUUCUGUGAUCUCAUUCCGCCAAUCCCGUCAUGCGCAAUGACUAUAUAGUUUAUAUAAGGCAACGCAUUCCCUGCCUUAUCACUAAAAUACUGUUUAGACUUAGUUUAAACUUUCAACUUUGGCACAUGAAUAAUUAAUUAAAGCUUUCCCUGACCAAUGGUUUAAUAGUUUUUGCACACGGCAAACUCUUAUGAAUGAAACUCUGAGGUAGUACUACGAUACAGUUAUGCAAGUGGCUGUGAAUGGUUGCCAAUGACAACGUGUUGCACACGGUAAAUUCUGAUCAUUUAUAAUAUGGAUUCUACCGGGUUGUUAAAGCUCAAAUUAAAACAUUCCAGUUUAAAUGUCUUUAAAUGCAUUCUGAAACACAAGUUAUCAAUUAUUUUGAUGUAAAUAGUGAUAAUAUAUUAAUAUUUCCUAAGUAUCGUCAACUUCCGCCAUUAAAAAGGGGGGCGUGGCCAACCCCAUGGCGAAAUUAGGUUGAGCGAGCUGCAUGACCUGCUGCGAACGCGUAGAAACAUGGCGUCUCUCGUAAGACACUUAUCCAAAUGGAACGGAACUCAAAUAUAUAUCGAAAGUACUAAUUUAAUAAUAAAUAGACACACACAUCGGAAAAUUAAAAACUCGGAUUUUUUGGCGCCGAUUGCGAAUUCCCAUACACAAAAAGUAGUAGUCCACCUUGACUUACCGAAGUAUCUACCAAUAGUUCCGGAAUCCGGAUCCGGCGGAUUUCGCAUAAGAAAAUCCGGAUCCGGCGGAUUUCGCAUAAGAAAAUCCGGAUCCGGUUGGAAAAAACGGAUCCGGCACACCCCUAAUCUAUAUAUAUAAUUCGCCAGCAUAGGUCAAACACCACCACGCAGGCUAUAUAUAGAUACGCCAGAGUGUUGUUAAAUGAGUUCAAUAGCACGCAAAAUCAAAUUCCCAAUAACUACGCUAAAUGAUUUUUUUUUUUUUUUAAUAACGCGGUUGCGUUUGGUGUUAUAUUUUAUUUUCGGAAAUGAAGUUUUUUUUAAAACUUUUGGUUUAAAAGUGGUUGGGAUAUGAGAGUAUUAAUAUAGUUCAUGAGCAAUUCUGCGAUGUAUGAUACUUAAAUAGUAUAUUUAUCUUUGGCAGUUCUGUUUACCAAGUCUAUGGCAUCCAUUAUACCAUUUUGUACUAUAUAGUCUAUAUAAGGAAAUCCAUCCUCUUACUUACUAAAUGCUGUUUAGGGACUACUUAUUUUGAACUUUCAACUUUGACACAUGACUAAUUAAAGCUUUACCUGACCAAUGGUUCACACCAGAAACUUAUGAAUGAAACUCUGAGAUAGUAGUACGUUAUAGGCAUUAUGGAAGUGACUGAAUGUUUGGCAAUGACGUUUUGCUAAAAAAAUAUUGUUUAAAUUACAUCCAAGUUCAUUCUUAAACACAGUUAUCAAUAUUUUGAUGUAAAUGUUAAUAAUUAUUUCCUAUGUAUUUGCUUCUCCCACCAUUAAAAAAGGGGGCGUAGUCUAAAUGGGGCAGGGUGACCUUAUGGUAAUGCAGGUCACUUAGAUGAACAUAACUAAUGGUAGACAUGUCCUAGCUCAAUGAGAAUUGGCACACGUAUGCAUCAAUAUAUUUUACAAGAGGGAGAAAUAACAUGAAAGACAUACAAUUUUAACUUCAUACAAUAUUUUGUAGGGAAUGAUGCCUUGUAUUUACCCUUGAAUUUCUAAUAUUGGGAUCGAUUUAAAAGGCAAAAAAAAAAAUUAGGGAAAUGUAGGUCACUGCGUCCGCUACAGUUAAAAUAUGGAUGAAUACCACAAUUUUACUACAAAAUGGUCCUUUCAUCAUGAAAAACGCAUCUGUCGAUUCCCAUUUCCCAUACCAAUUUUGAAGUAAACUUUGACAUAUUUAAAAAUCGUAAGCAGCAUUUGAAACUAGUUUUUUUUAAGUCACUAAUCAGCAGUAAAAAAAAUUCAUACACCAGCCUUCUCCGGAUUCAGCUUGUGGAAGUUAUGUUAAUGGAAAAUAAAAUCAGACUCCAUGGCCGCAAGGGAGGGCAAUUCACGACCCGCCACAUUAAAUAUUGUUGUUAGCCUGACAUCACAUUGAAUAUAUUCCUUCAUUCAAUUAGAGAUUAUUUUCAUUCUUGGCAUAAAAGCACAUAUGAAAUAUAUAGCCCCAUACAUCUUAUUUAUAAACAAUUUAAAUAUUUAGUGACAUAAAAUAAAAAAUAUAUUAUAAUAUAUAUUAUAUUAUAAAAGCAGAUUGAUAAAAGGUACUUAAUUUUUCACAACCAUUUGGAUUAAUUGUAGAAUGAUGCAAAACUAUAUUCAGGAUUGUGCUAAAGUGCAUCCCUGGAUUUUGAAUUUAUUUUUUUUUUAAUCUGGGAAGCGGCUCCUCCCAAACACUAGCUUUACUUUUGCUCUGGUGUCUUUAGCAGGCAUCCUCAAUUUCCGCUCCCCGAUGUAUAUUAAAGUGGCAAAAGAUGGGCACCUUUUUUCUACUUUGAGAAGUGAUCUUAAUUUGAUAUAGGAUACCAAUAAUUAUUAUAUACAUCAUAAUGUAUGUUUAUUUACUUUGAGGUGAUGAUGUACUAUUCUGAGACUAUAUGUACUAUUUUGGAAUUUCUGGUGUAACCAGGUCUGUGAUCGUAAUUGGCCUUUGUGAUCCAGUCCCAAAGAGCAUGUUACUGGUUAAUACUUACCCUUGUUACAUUUAUCCUCUGCUGCCAAUUUUCUUUGUGCAACUGGGUGCAACAAUUUUAAUUGCUACUAAUUUUACGCCACUGAGAUUUUAAAAAGGAAAAAAGUAGUUACAAAAAUAAGGCUUAGAAAUCUUCAUUUAUUUGUUAGGGGUUAGUUGUAUUGAACUUUCAAUUUUUGUACAUGGAGCCGGUUUGUUUAUAUUUACAUUUGCUGACAUUACUAGACAAUGAACAGUUAGUUUCAAAAGGCAUUCAAAAAGCUCCCACACUAAAGGAUUCUAUGCCACAGUUCGUGGGUUAAAUGUCAUAGCUGGAUCUCAUAAUACACCAUCAUGAAUAUGCCAUAUUUUGUUAAAACAUUACAGGGUUUGAAAGGUUUGGUUGCUUCCACAGUGUAGAAUAUCUAAGAGGAAGUAACCAGCUUUCCAACCAUACCAACAACUCUGGGAUUGCUUGAUUCCAUAUAAUCUUAAAGGAGUAGAAGCACUAUGCAUAGACUUUUUACUUGAUAUGGUCAGAAUUAUAAACCAUAUUUUCUCCCCUUUAAAAAAAAAAUUGUUUAGGAAAUGGUUGAUGCCAAAAACUCAACCAUCUUUUGCAUUUGUAAAUAUUUAACUCAUGGUUUUUUUUAAUUCUUUUUCAGAUGGCACAACCGAAACGUAAGCUGGGAUUCGCUGAAAAUUUUGGCCUUUCUGGUGCAGCUGCUGUUAUUUCAAAGACCGCAGCAGCCCCCAUUGAAAGAAUCAAGCUUCUUGUACAAAAUCAAGAUGAAAUGAUUAAGCAAGGCCGAUUGUCAGAGCCAUACAAGGGUGUGAUCGACUGCACAGUCCGUACCUUCAGAACAGAGGGAUUUUUCCCAUUUUGGAGAGGAAAUUUGGCAAAUUGCUUGAGAUACUUCCCCACUCAAGCCCUUAAUUUUGCUUUUAAGGACACAAUUAAAGCCCUUUUCAAGUCUGCCCCCAAUGAAUCUUACCCAUUGAAGUUCACCAAAAAUAUCUUCUCUGGAGGUGCUGCUGGUGCCCUAUCUCUGUGCUUCGUCUACUCUCUUGACUACGCCCGAACCCGUUUGGCCAAUGAUGCUAAAACUGCCGGCAAAGGUGGCGGAGAACGUCAAUUCAAUGGUCUAAUUGAUGUAUAUGCCAAGACCAUCAAGUCCGACGGACUUGUUGGUCUAUACAGAGGCUUUGUCAUCUCAUGUGUUGGCAUUGUUGUCUACAGAGGCUUCUACUUCGGUCUUUAUGACAGCUUAAAACCCAUUCUGUUGAAAGAAGAUGCUAGCGUGUUCCUCUCUUUCGCUCUUGGUUACACUGUAACUGUUUCCUCUGGAUUGCUGUCCUAUCCCAUUGACACCAUCCGUCGACGCAUGAUGAUGACCUCUGGCCAGGCUGUGAAAUACAAGGGAUCCAUGGACUGCGCAAUGAAGAUCAUUAAAAAUGAAGGGUUCAUGUCCAUGAUGAAGGGUGCUGGUGCAAACAUCCUCAGGGGUGUUGCUGGAGCUGGUGUGUUGGCUGGCUUUGACAAGUUCAAGGAGCUUUACAUUGCAAUGCGUGUGGGCUCUUAAUAACGUAUAGUUUAGUCUUAUUCACUCUUGACUUUACAAUUAAAUGUUUUGGAAGAGUAAAACAUAAUUUAGCCAUACAGCAGCUAAGGUUGUAGUAAACUCAUUUUUUGGAUUUCUCAAAUAUUUAGACUUUUUUUUUUAUCUAAUGGAAUAUAUAAAAUGGUGUAUACAUAAGUUCACAUUUUACUUUUAGCAGAAAGGUGUGGAGUGAUGGUUUUUGACUCACUGUAUGAAUUACAUUGUUUGUACUCGGUACUCAUUAUCAUUUUUCUGGCUCAGUGAUAAGUAGCUUAUUAGUUGUGUUAUUUCAUUAUGAAAGCAUUUUAUCUCAAAUGAAAUCAUGACCAAAAAACUACUGACUAAUAAAAUAGCUUCACAUUUUAAAAGGUUUAAAUUAUUUGUAGCUAGACUUAAAAAACAAAAAUAAACUUGUAAUUAUGUAUGUUGUAAUACGGCUUGCUUGGAUCGGAGAGAGAAGUGACUUGUGUUGAAUGAGUGGACAGUUCUGCCAAGAGCAAGAUCAAUAAUAAAUUAAACCAUAUCUUAUUUUCUA